AUGGGCCAUUUACCAGGAGCUGCGGCAGAAAAGCUACAGACUUGCCCCAAAUUGGCAUUGGAGCAUCCUCUGUCACCUCCUGCCACCAGGUUUUACGAGGCCCUGGUGACAGGAGACCUGAGGAGCCUGGAGGUCUUGACUGAGCUGAGACAGACCCAACUGGCAUGGCUGGAGGUCAUUGAAGUAGUCUUCAAGUCCCACCCCCAAAUCCCUGUCUCCAAGAGGUGGGCUGAGGCCACCCCAGAGGAGGUGUUCCAGCAGCACCAGCUCUUCCACUCCUCCCUGUUCCCUGCUGGUCGGCUGCAGAGCCUGCAGCGUUCCUGCCACGACACCAUCUGGAACCAGUUGGGCAACCAGUGCUCCCACCUCAUGCCCCAGCUUCCAGUGCCAAGGGUCCUGCAGGAUUUCCUGCUGCUGGAGCCCGAGGGAGAGUCCUGCUCAGAGAGGCUGAGCACCCAGUCCAGCCAGGAGCACCCAGUCCUACCAGGAGCACCCAAUCCUACCAGGACCACCUGUUUUCACAAUAAAAUCUUUUCCAGGGAUUUAGAAUGA